AUGCAAGCCGCUGCCAAACAUUUCCCGGCAAAGAAAGAUGCAGUACCUGAAGGUGACUCAUCCCAGCCAGGUGCAGAGAUGCCCCCCGGCAUGGCAACAGCAAGACAAUACACAGCAGACGAGAUGUGGCAGAUGCUCAACAAAUCUCCACUCUUUAUGACUGAGCUUGACGAGACUGGCGAAGAUGGUGGUGAGAACGUAGCACUGGAAGCACUCAAGGCUCUGGCCUACGAAGGCACGCGCGCUGAGAACGCCGCCUCGUUCCGCGAACAAGGAAACGAGAAUGCGCGCCUCAAGCGCUGGAAGGACGCUCGCGAAUUCUACGAUCGCGCCCUGGGUGCUCUGAAACUGCCACAAAAGACUGCCGACCCGAAAGAACGCGAGGAAGACCCGGAACACGACUUGGCCGAAAAGGACUUUGUCGAACUCGACGAGGAAGAGGAAGCUCGCAAAGAGAAGGAACAUGAGGAGGCUUCCUUGGUUAACCGCGCACUCUGUAACCUCGAGCUGAAGAACCACGGUUCUUGCAAUCGCGACUGUGCCGCUGCUUUGAAAAUCAAUCCCCUGAACGUGAAAGCAUACUACCGUAGUGGCAUGGCAAACUUCCAUCUCGACAAACUCCCCGCCGCAAGUUGGUCCUGCGAUCUGGGCCUGAAGAUUGAUCCGACAAACAAGUCUCUCCUGCUACUUUCUGAAAAGAUCCAAAAGCGUAGAGACCAGAUCGAGAAGGCUGAACGCGAACAACGUGAGAGAGAAGAGAAGGCCCACAGAGAAAAGCAGACUUUGGCCCUAGCCUUGAAGGGCCGUAACAUUGCCACGAGGUCGACAACAACAGCACCGCCUCAACUCGAAGAUGCCGUCGUCCAACUCGAAGAUCCCACAGAUGCAGCUUCAACUCUCAGCUUCCCUUGUCUUCUCCUCUACCCUCUACACAACCAGACCGACUUCAUCAAAUCUUUCGCCGAAGACGAAUCAGUUGGCCAACACCUCGAAUACAUAUUCCCAUUGCCUUGGGAUGAAGAUGAGCAAUACAUGCCCGAGAAAGUGGAAUGUUACAUCGAGACCAAGACCGGCGGCUUGGUAAAGGCCGGCAAGAAGAUGGCUUUGCUCAGAAUCCUGAAUACCGGCAAGGUAGAAAUCGUGGAUUCUCUGCUCAGAAUCAACGUCGUACCAAGCGCCAGGGCACAAGAGUGGGUGGAUAAUUUCAAGAAGAUCAAGGCUGCUGCCAAGUAG